AUGGCAAAUGAACAAGCACCUUACCAUGGGGAAGGGGUGGAAGCCCAGUUGCGCUGGCGCUCUCGAGACGACGAACAUCGAAGUCCGCAAAUUGUUCAUGAGUCCCCCUCUAGUUUUCAUAAAGUCGAUCUGGGGAGUCCACGUGGUAGACCUUCGAGCCCUUGUCCCAGCUGCACUUACCAUAAUCACCACGCAUUUCAACAACAGGGAUAUACGACAUCCACGGAAUCCCUGGCUGGCUGUCCUCCGCAACUCUCUGUCAGGAAACGACAUCAGAGGCCUCGAAGAGAAAUGACACAAGACGAACAAUCUGUUCAUCUCGAGGAGAUGAACAUUCACAGAAUGCUCGCUUCAUCUGGAUCUACUUCUCACAUGCAACCCCAGAAGCAUCCAUUUGAUGAGAAUCAAUCAAGUAGCAAUGCAGGAACAUGGAAUGCAAACAGAUAUCAAACGUUUAACAAUCCAAACUUAAUGCCACCCAUCUGGGAUAAACCUGAGGCGAAGUCACUGUCAAUUGAGCUUUCUAGAACUCAGGGUACACGAUCUCCGUACUCUCCAAAAGCCAGCAUACCCUCCGCCGGUUACGACUACGACGAGCAGAGCUUCGUCGAUUUCGCUGAAGACACAUCUACCAAGUUGCCGUCGAGGCGGCCUUAUUUGCCUUCCGAACACGCAUCUGCUUCAGCAACUGCUGAUGAAGCUAAUGCGCUGAGAAGCAAAUUCACUGAGCGGUUGGGGUCCAAUCAAUCGGUAGGCCCUGCGAUAUUUGAGUCCUCUGAAGGCGAGACUGGCGUUUCUGCUCGCAAAUUAAGCAUUGGAUGGAUGACUGAAGGUCGACGAAUUGGAUAUGGGUACACGCUUGUGCCUCCAGACAACUCGAGCGAGGGAAAUGAGCAAAUCUGUAAUGGGCCUGCUUUACCUGGCGGCUAUGACGCCACAAAAAAUAGCCCUAAUGGUUCAUUUGCAGGUAGUGCGAAUGGACGUUUUGAUAGGCAGGGUUCGCCUCUGCGAGGAAAGUCUAGUCAGGCCCCUUCAAAAACAAACGAGUCGAGCUUCGAUAUAUCCACUAUUUUCCAGAAGCUGAACCUUCCCCGCUGGACUGGCGCAAACUUCACCCUGGGUUCAAGCAAGAACAGCGACGCAGGGAGUUGCGGUUCCGGUGGCUCUUCUUUGUUUGGGAUUCUCUCGAAUAAAAAGAAAGACCAUGAGGAAAUAGGGACCAAUGUCGAUGCAGAUAACCCUUGGGAAUUCUGUUCUUGGGUUCGCCCGGUGCAGAACUCGGGCGGGCAACAAGCACCUCAGCAAAACAUUGUUCAGUCCCGCGAGCAUACAGAAGCACAGCUGAUAGAGAAAUUAGCAAUACUCCGCCGGAGGGGAGGUGUAUGGACCACUAAACGCAAGGUCGCAAAAAUUGCCCGUAGCCUUGAGAAACAGGCAGACCGCGCAGUCGCCAAGUUUGCGGCACCAGCAGAGCACCUUCCCGUUGUGCAGCGAAAGACGACCCGAGUGUUCAGACUCAGAGGGCCCGGGAGCAAGGAACAACCGCGAGGGAUACAUGUUGGCGGGCCUACAUUCUCGGCAAACCAAGUCGGUGGCCUUCACCAGUCCCAGAAACCUCAGUAUCGGCCAUCCGAGCGAACAAGCUCAGGAAGAAGCUCUAGAGAUUGGGACAGCCUGUAUGAGGAGUGUCUCGAACAACACUCGAUUCCUGAUUAG